GGGCAGGACCGGCACGGCGAUGACAUCAGGGCUGUGACCAACUUGUUAUUCGGCGGCAAUCAGCUGCAAUUAGGCGUUAAUUAAGUAUUAUGAAAGUUGAUUAUUUAAGUGAAUUCGGCUUUCGUCUCUCCGACUAUGCUGAAAGAACUAUAUGCACUGACGCAACCUCAGGAAAACCCACAAUGGCUGCCAAGCGCAAAGGCGGCCUGAAGCUAAAUGCAAUCUGUGCCAAGCUGAGCCGCCAGGUUGUCUUCGACCACGGGGGAGCCGAGCAGGCGCGUGCGGACAAAGGGCCGCAGCGGGAGAGCAGCAACAAGGAUCUGCCUCAGCCCGGGACCAAGGAGUCAGGGACUGAGUUUUCAGACGGACUCAGCCACGUGCAGAAGAUCGAGGAGGACAAGAGGAGGGAGGUGAUCGAGAAGUGGGUGAACGGGGAGUACGAGGAGCCUUUGCUGGGGCGGGCCGAGGGCAAGGAAUGCCGGGGCGCCGAGGGUGCGGAGGUGCCUCCUGAAGGGGUCUACAUGGUGCAGCCCAAGGGCUGCAGCGACGAGGAGGACAACGGGGACGAGGCAGACGCGCUGCGGGGCUCGCAGGAUGGCACAUUCCUGGACGACAGGGAUUCCGACGGGGCGGCCUCCAAGGAUGACGCCUACCGGGCCUCCAGCGAGGCGGCCUCCAAGCUGGGAACCACCUCAGGGGAAGCUUCGUCGCUGCGAGAUUACGCUGCCACCACCAUGAAUGAAUUCCUGGGCAUGUUUGGCUACGAUGACCAGAACAUGCGGGAUGAGCUGGCCCGCAAGAUCAGCUUCGACAAGCUGAACGCUGCUACCUCAGAGGCCACCGCAGCUGCAGCCUCUCUCCCUGGCGAGGACGCCAUGAGCAAGCGAGCUCGAUUCUCCAAGUACGAGGAGUACAUCCGCAAGCUCAAGGCUGGAGAGCAGCUCUCCUGGCCCAUGCACUUGGCCAAGUCUGAGGAGCUGGGCUCCAAGCUGGGCAAAGAAGCUUCCUCGGUGCUGGCGCAGCCCAUUCGGCUGCCAGGUCCAGAUGCCUCCAUGCUGACGGAGACCAAAGCCACCAUCCUGCCGCUGCCCUCUCCCAGCAGUUCCCAGAUGCAGGGCCUGAUGUCACGGGCCUCCAAAUACGACUUCUUCAUUCAGAAGCUGAAGACGGGUGAGAGCAUCAGGCCACAGAACGGCAACACUUACAAGAAGGCCUCCAAGUAUGACCUAGAAAACGUCAAGUACUUGCACCUUUUCAAGCCUGGGGAAGGCAGCCCAGACAUGGGAGGAGCCAUCGCCUUCAAGACAGGCAAGGUGGGCCGGCCUUCCAAGUACGAUGUGAGGAACAUUCAGAAACUCACUCAGGUGAAAGCUCCAACACCCAGCCUGGCCCCUGCUCCUCUCGCCAGCACCCCCAGCAGCACUCCCAUGGCCGGUCCGGAGCAGGCUGUCUCCUUGCCAUUCAACACUCCUGAGUACCUGAAGUCGACUUUCUCCAAGACAGACUCCAUCACAACUGGAACAGUCUCUACAGUGAAGAAUGGAUUACCCACUGACAAACCCACCGUCAGCGAAGAUGUAAAUAUUUACCAGAAGUAUAUUGCCAGGUUUUCUGGCAGCCAGCACUGUGGACACAUACACUGUGCAUACCAGUACCGAGAACAUUACCACUGCCUUGACCCAGAGUGCAACUACCAGAGAUUCACUAGUAAACAGGAUGUGAUUCGGCAUUACAACAUGCACAAGAAACGUGAUAAUUCCCUCCAGCACGGCUUCAUGCGCUUCAGCCCCUUGGAUGACUGCAGUGUGUACUAUCACGGCUGCCACCUGAAUGGGAAAAGCACACACUACCACUGCAUGCAGGUGGGCUGUAACAAGGUCUAUACGAGCACCUCUGACGUGAUGACCCAUGAGAAUUUUCACAAGAAGAACACGCAGCUCAUCAACGACGGGUUUCAGCGGUUCCGCGCCACGGAGGACUGUGGCACUGUGGAAUGCCAGUUCUACGGGCAGAAAACCACUCAUUUUCACUGCAGGCGACCUGGGUGCACCUUCACCUUCAAGAACAAGUGUGACAUUGAGAAGCACAAGAGCUACCACAUCAAAGAUGAUGCCUAUGCCAAGGAUGGCUUCAAGAAGUUCUACAAGUAUGAGGAAUGCAAGUAUGAGGGCUGUGUCUACAGCAAGGCCACCAACCACUUUCACUGCAUAAGGGCAGGCUGUGGCUUCACCUUUACCUCCACCAGCCAGAUGACCUCCCACAAACGCAAGCAUGAGCGCCGGCACAUCCGCAGCUCAGGAGUGCUGGGCCUGCCUGCCUCUCUCCUAGGACCCAAGGAUAACGAGCAAGAGGAGUCCAGUAAUGACGACCUUAUUGACUUCUCUGCAAUGAGCUCAAAGAACUCCAGCCUGAGUGCCUCUCCCACCAGUCAGCAGUCUUCCGUUUCUCUCAUAGUCCCAGCUGCACCCUCCUCUGCUGCUGAGCUUGCUUCCUCACAGGUCAGCAAGCCUGCCAACAGCAUGACACCAGCCACCAAGAUCUCCGGCCUGCUCUCCCAGGCUCUUCCCAGCAAUAUUCCCUUGGCUCUGGCGCUCUCCAACUCAGCACUUCCUGGAGCGGCUGGAUCCUUCUUCCCCAUCAUCCCCAGCCGGGUCUCCACACCGCUUCCCGCCAGCUCCGCUAACCUGAUGACUGCUGGUUCAUCUGGCGCCAAUCCAACAUCAUCUGCUCCCACAGAUUCCUCACCCCAGGCCAUCUCAGGAUCCGGUGAGCCUUCAGCUACUUCUUCUCCAGCUCCAGUGGCAUCCAUAAUGGAAAGGAUCUCUGCUAGCAAGGGGUUAAUCUCCCCGAUGAUGGCCAGGCUGGCAGCGGCUGCACUUAAGCCCUCUGUGGCACUCGAAGCAGGAAAUGGACAAGCAGCAGCUCCCGGGCGGUUCAACCCAGUCCAGGUGAAGCAAGAGCCAGCAGAGGCCAUGGGAUCAUCCUCUGCCAGUGGGCAGGAGUCCUUGCAGGAGCACAGCUUGGACCUGAGUGUCAAGGACCACGGUAAUGAAUCAAAUGGCCACACAGUCUCGGCAAAUUCAUCUCUUUUAUCCUCGCUUAUGAAUAAGAUGUCCAAGACCAGUGCCAGCCUUGGCAACCUGCUGAACAUUAAGACAGAAGGAGAUGGCAGCCAGGCUGGGGCUGGGGAGCCGACGCAGUACUUGGGCAAGGCAGUGAAGGCGCUUGUCCAGGAGAAGCUCUCUGAGCCGUGGAAGAUGUACCUGCGCCGGUUUGGAACCAAGGAUUUCUGCGAUGCGCAGUGCGACUUCCUGCACAAGGUGCACUUCCACUGCGUCGUGGAGGAGUGCGGUGCCCUCUUCAGCACUUUGGAUGGAGCCAUCAAGCACGCCAAUUUUCACUUCCGAACCGAGGGUGGGGCUGUGAAAAGUAACUCCGAGUCUCCCUUCUCAACUACUACUGACAGUAAGGCUUCACUGGGCCCUUCGUCACCAUCUGCUACAUCUGCCACCAUGGCGAGUGCUCCAGCCCUGGACGUGCCCACCCCGAGCCCAGCAACUGUGCCCUCUGCCCCCACACUGCUAGCUUGGAAGCAGCUGGCUUCAACCAUACCCCAAAUGCCUCAGAUUCCAGCAUCAGUGCCUAACCUGGCAACCUCACCCUUGGCUACAACUUCCCUGGAGAACGCCAAGCCUCAGGUCAAACCCGGAUUUCUCCAGUUCCAGGAGAAUGAUCCCUGCCUGGCAACGGACUGCAAGUAUGCCAAUAAAUUCCACUUCCACUGUCUCUUUGGGAACUGCAAGUAUGUGUGCAAAACCUCUGGCAAAGCAGAAUCCCACUGCCUGGACCACAUCAACCCCAACAAUAAUUUGGUGAAUGUGCGAGACCAGUUUGCUUACUAUUCUCUGCAGUGUCUCUGUCCAAACCAGCACUGUGAAUUCAGGAUGCGAGGGCAUUACCACUGCCUUCGUCCUGGCUGCUACUUUGUGACUAACAUCACCACCAAGCUGCCCUGGCACGUGAAGAAACACGAGAAGGCAGAGAGGAGGGCAGCCAAUGGCUUCAAGUAUUUCACCAAGCGAGAAGAAUGUGGCAGAUUAGGUUGCAAAUACAACCAGGUGAACAGCCACUUCCACUGUAUUCGAGAAGGCUGCCAGUUCUCCUUCCUGCUGAAGCACCAAAUGACAUCCCAUGCCAGAAAGCACAUGAGAAGGAUGCUGGGGAAGAAUUUUGAUCGUGUUCCUACUCAGGUUAUUGGCCACACUCCAAGAAAUGAAAAUCUCCCCCAGGUUGGCAGCAUGGCGCCCAGCCCAGCCUCAUCAGGAACCCCGGCUUCCUUUCAGGGACCCCCGAGCAUGAUGGACACUGAAACAGAUGAGUACAUGGAUUACACUGGCUGUAGCCCUGGGGGGAUCUCUUCUGAAUCUUCCAAUAUGGACCGCAGCUGCUCCAGCACUCCAGUGGGCAAUGAAAGUACAUCAGCAGGGAAUACCAUCACUAUGCCAACUGCCUCGGGGGCCAAAAAGCGUUUCUGGAUUAUUGAGGACAUGUCCCCGUUUGGCAAGCGCCGCAAGACUGCAUCCUCACGCAAGAUGCUGGAUGAAGGGAUGAUGCUGGAGGGAUUUCGGCGCUACGACCUCUACGAGGACUGCAAGGACUCCAGCUGCCAAUUCUCUCUCAAGGUUACCCACUACCACUGCACGCGGGAGAAUUGUGGCUACAAGUUCUGCGGCCGUACCCACAUGUAUAAGCACGCCCAGCACCACGACCGCGUUGACAACCUGGUAUUGGAUGAUUUCAAGCGCUUCAAGUCUUCACUGAGUUGCAACUUCCCAGACUGUCAGUUCUCUGGCAAUAGCACACACUUCCACUGUCUGCGCUGCGGCUUCCGCUGCACUGACAGCACUAAGGUGACAGCCCACCGUAAGCACCACGGCAAGCAGGAUGUCAUCAGCGCUGCCGGCUUCUGCCAGUUCAGCUCGAGCGUGGACUGCGAGGUGCCCGACUGCAAGUACAAACUCAAGUGCUCCCACUUCCACUGCACCUACCCUGGCUGCAAACACACGGUGGUGGGCAUGUCGCAGAUGGACUCGCACAAGCGCAAGCAUGAGAAGCAGGAGCGAGGGGAGCUGCCUGCCAUCUCUCCUGGCCCCGAAGGCCUCGCCCACUCCGCUCUUGAGUACGACAUCCAGAACUCUUCCAUCAACCUGGACAGUUCCCUCAACCUCAGCACUGACAACAACAGCAGCUCCCUCUUCUUCCUGCAGAACGCGGCUGGUGUGGGCCUCAAUGACUCCCUGGACCUCAGCAAGAAGCAGUCAGAAGUCGCUGAAGGGCCCUCCCCCAGCAGAGCCGGGACCGGCCCUCAGGAGCCGGGGGCAGCGGCGUCAGGCUCUGGUGAGGUGGAGGAUGAAGAUGACUCUUCCCAAGAGGAUGAAGAGGAUGACGAGGAGGAGAUGAACGAAGAAGAAGAGGAUGAUGAAGAGGAGGAUGACGAUGACGACGAUGAGGAGGAUGACGAAGAGGAAGACCUGAACACGGAUUCUGAAGAAUCGCUGCCUGACCCUGAGGGCCUGGCCACUAAAGAUGAUGGGGAACCAGAGGAGGGUGCUUCUUCUUCCACAGACCAUGGUGAUGCUUCCAGGCCGCAGGACGAGGCAGCUCCUGCCCUUCCUCCAGCCUCAGCUCCUGCUCCGGCUCCCGCUGCUGCCCUAGCCUCUACGGUUGCUCCAGCAGCUUCUCCUUAAUCCUAGAGACAACAGCAGCAGUGGUUUGGUUUUGAUCUUACAGAAUUACUUAGGGGACCCCACAUGAGGCAAGAACAAAGAUUGGGAUGGCAAAUGAAAUACAAACUCCGUGCCACACACACGAGAGAGAGGAAGGAAGGAAACCUAUACUCCACAGGCCCUGUAAGAGAGACAGGUUCGCAGCGGGACUGGUGCUGCAUUGCUUCAUUCUGCAGAUCACAGAACACAGGGGCAGGAUGCAGCAGAAAAGUACCCUUUUAUAUGGACGUGAACCUCGAGGGUACCAGCUGCUUUUCCUUGUCUCCUGAAAGGUGCAUGGGGCCUGCGCCCAUCUGGGGACCCUUUGUUAUGGGUGGGGUUCUGUCCCCCCAUUUUUCUUUCUGGGUUUGUUUUUUUUUUCCAUGUUUUCAGUUGUACGAUAUUAAUAAUAAUCUCCACUUCUUGGAGGGGGGUGGGUGGGAACAACAGGUAAUGAAUUGUAGAAAUAUAUAUUUGUGUGUGUGUCUCUUCUAUAUAUAUAAUGUACACACACACACACAUAUAUAAUAUGCAAGGAAUUGGUGUCACAAAGACAACUAGCUCAGUUUUUGCCAGUGGGAAGGAGGGGGGCGAGGGGUGCUCUCUCUCCCCCACCUUUCUCCCUCUCUCUCUCUUCUUUCUCCAGCAUUAAAUGGAUGGCAUCAGACAGCAGAGGGUGGGAGUGGGUAUUUAUUGUCACGCAAAUGAGGAUGCAUUAAUGAAUGAGCAGGGGUGGGAAUGGGACACUCCUCUGUUCUUCCAGAUCCUUUUUACUAUUAAUGAUGAUAAUUUUGAAUGCUAUUUAUAUUGUAAAACUUUCUCUGUCUACAGCUGUAAGGCACCUCUCCCCAUCCCUGCUGUUCCGCCUGUAGGGAUUGAGCUGAAGUAACUCGGGAAGGGCGCAGCGGGCAGUUAAAGGGUUUGUCACACUGGAGGGCUGGGGUUCAACUCCCAUCCAGUUCCAUCUCAUCCCAACCCCAGGUGCUUUCCCUCUGUUGAGGGUGAGGCUUUUUUGUGGUGCUUCAGUAUCCCCAUCUCAGGAGGACUCGGUAGAGUCAGGAGGUUGUGAGCUGACACACUGUGUGCCACGGUGCAGCACAAGGAGCACUGUGCUCACAGCAGAGCAUCCCAGCCGUUAACGCAGCCUUGAAAAUACUGCUUGCUCUCUGCCCCACGCAGUCCCAUGAUGGCAGGUAUGAUGUCCCCACCCCAGGCCCUCCUCCCCUGCCUCUCACUGGAGAUGGGCACGGCUUUCUGCACGGACUAAAAUGUAGCUCUGGUGACUUCCAGAAGAGGGUGAAGGCACCACUGAAGAGGGAGAAGGCAGACAGGCAUUCAGGAUCCCAUGUGGGAUGUCCCACUUCUUUGCUCAGCACUGGGUGGGGACCAUUCUGCAGCACCCACAAAGCUAUUUGCCUAGCCUUGGUUCUUGCAGCCACAAAACGUGAGGCUGUCGCAAGCUACACAGCACAGACAGAUGGGGGGAGAUGCCAGCAGAGGCCAGGAUGCAGUCCAGCUAAAAAAUGAUGCUUUUCUGUGCCCAUACUGAUACAUUUUCCUGAGUAGGGCUGAUAGUUCAGGCAUUGCAUGAGUAAAUGGGAUUAAUAAGCCGGGACCUGCCGCCUCCAGAAGCUUGGGCUUUCCCUGGUCACAGGUUCAUCUUCUCCCUGCUCUCUUUUCCUAGCCCAGGCUGGGAACACACACUACAGGAGACUGCCCAGGACUCGGGCAGGUGAGGUUGUAGCUGUCUGACCCCAAAUCCUCACCAGAGUCUGAGAAAGAGGGCUUCUCUGCAUCCACACAGCUCCAGAAGGACCAGCCGUACAGACUCGUUCUGGUCAUAGCUCUUUCAGUGCCAGUCUGUAAGUACACCAGCCUAGCGAAAGGUUCCUCAUGUCUGAGCUGAGCCCCUUUUUCUCUUUAAGCCUGGUUGGUUUUUUUUUCCUUACAUGCAGCCCCUCCUCAAGCACUUCAGCUCCAAGGGAUCCCCACAGUUUGUUUCUACCCUGAGCAGAUAAAGGCCUCAAGGAGUUGAGAUUGCUUUUUUUUUUUUAAUUAUACCCCUUAGGAACUGGUGUAGAUCAGGUCUGAUUUAUAAACAAGCAGCACGGCUGUGUACAUGUGGGGACAGAAUGUUCGCAUGAUGCUUCAAAAGGAAAGGCAAAAAAAAAAAUUAAGAAGUUGUACAGUAUUUUUUUUUCUGUAAAGGUUAUUACUAUAUAUAGAACAAAAGAGAAACAACCAAUGCCAGGGGGACGAGGGGGGUCACCUGCCUUCUUAAAGCCCUUAGAUACGGUUAAUUGUGUGCAAUUUUUUUUUUUCUUUUUUUUUUUUUUUUUUCAAUGUAGUGUUUGUUUGUAGGGGGUGGCAGGGGAGGGGGGCCUUAACUCUGUGGUUUGAGGCUGACUUCACACUCCUAGCACUGACCGGAGCUGCACGAUUCCGAAUUUUUAACUUGAAUUUUGUAGAGAUGAAACAAAUGAAAACAAAUGAAAUAUUGUUAUUACUAGUUUGUAGUUUAUUUAAUACUUUGGAGUUCUUUUCCUCUAUCAGUUAUUUUGUGUGGCUUUUAUUUUUACAGGGUUUCAUUCUUUUGUUUGUUUUUGUUUUGUUUGGUAUAUCCCCUGCCCUCUGCUGUGUAUUUUCUAGCACACGUAACGAAGCUCCCAUUUCUGGGGCUGAGUGUGGGAACAGAGACCUGGAAUUUCUAGAACUGAGAUGGGGCAAAGACCUUUGCUUUAAUGGCAUUUGCUGCAGGUUCUGUAAUUGUCCCUUUUUCCCCUAUUCAGCCACUCACAUCGUAUGGUGAUGGGCUGCAGGAGGCCCCUCAGCUGUAGCACAGGCCCCAUCUUGCACACCAGACGUUUUCACUUGGCACCCAAUGGACAUAACUGACUUCUGUGGGGUCAGCGCAGAGCCCCUGCCCUCACACCCCAUCCUCUGAGCACAGCCAGCAGGGCUGCUCAAGCAGCAAGGCAGGCACUCCCUGGGGCACCUCAGUACCACUGGGGACAGAGGAGCCUUGCCUGCUGCUACACGCAGUGUCUGUGCCUCUACCCCAGCCCAUCCCACCAAGCUGCACUACUGAACCACCACAAGGCAGUAGGAGAAGGCCGAGGCACAGAGGAGAGGGGAAGCUGCAGCUCUUUGCUGGGCCCUGCGCUGCUGCAGAGCUGUUCCACACCUCCUUCCAUGCGGCUCAGUGUGCCCGAGGGGCCCAUGUUUAUCUAUGCACACCACCUUCCCCCUCCAGGCACCUGACUUCUCCCCAGUGUCUCAGCCUUUCUCCCCAUCCUCCAGGAGCUGGCACAGGGAAUGCAGGUCCUUUCCCAAGAGGCUGACCUGUGCCCCAUGGCCCUGCCUGGUGCGUGCUGCCCUGCCUUCCCCCAGCCCUGUACCUGCAAAGCUCUCACUGCAUCCAUCAACAACAAGUCUAGAAAGUUAAGCCCGUCUUUUUCUGCCGUGCUCAGGCUUUAAUUCAGCAAAACUCU